GUCAUAUAUACACACCACGUUUGUUAAUUGAACAUAACCAAUUUUACAACAAAGAGACAACAAACACAUUUCAAAAUAUUAAAAAUACCACCAAAACAAGCCCAUAGAUAUGUCUUGGAGAAACAGAACUGGUGGAGCUACCUCUGUUCAGCCGAGAACAACUAACCGUCCCAUUUAUGAAGAUUUCCAGCCACGGAUUGAAAAUUUCGAACAAGAAGCAGCUCACAUUGCAAUUGUACAUGUUCCUGGUUUUGUGAAGGAGCAACUGAAGAUCACAUACGAGGAUGGUAAAUUACGAGUCCAAGGACAGCGACCUCUUCUGAACAACAGACGGAGUCGUUUCAGCCAGCUUCUUCCACUCCCAGAAAACUGCAAGGAGGGCAAAAUCCAUGCCAAAUUUCACAAUGGAAUUCUUACCAUUACCAUGCCAAAGGAGGUUCCCCAAACAACAACGAACGUGUCUCCUACAGAAGAAAAGCCUCCUGCAGAGAAAAAAACUCAAGCAAAUAUUAAUGACAUGACUCCUUCCAAAGCAACUGAAACUAAAGAAACUCCUUCUACUUCUGCCCCUACUCGAAAAGCUGCAGUUGCAGCUGAGGCAAGAGCACAAACGGAUCAGAAGAAGAAACUUCCAACAGCUACCAACGACAUUAAUGCUGAGAAAAUAUCUCAGAAAACUUCUGCUGCAGAGAAGAAAGCAGAAAAGGGUCAGGAAGGAGUUCCUAAAACAGUUGCUUCAAUUGCAGAUAAAGAUGAAAAACAGAGAAUUGAGAAAACGAUGGGUGGUAUUUUGAGCCCUCAGAAAGAGCCCCUUGAGCCAAAGAAGCAAAAGGAUAUUCCAGAGGAAAUUAUUCCUAAACAAAGAGUGGUUGAUAGUGAAAUACGGGAGGUAGCUUUGAUUGAUUCUCAAAAACAUACUAGUGUGGCAAAAUCUCGAAAAGAACAGGAAGUAAGUUCUCCAAAGGAAAGAGAGGAAAAGCAGAAGACCGCAAAUGAGAAUCUUGGGAAAAUAGUAAAAUCUGAGAAAACUGCAGACAGGGGUUCGGAGAAGGAAACUGAAAGUACCAAGAAAGCUAAAGAAUCAUCAGGACCCUUAGCUGGAGCAGUGAAUGUGUCCAAGAUUUUAAAUGAUGGAAAGGAAACUUUCCAGAAAUUGGUUUCAAGCACUGCAAAAGAAGAAAAGUCCAAGGAGGAAAAUAGCAGUUCUACAAAUGAAAAUAAGAUGGGAGUGAAGUAUAUGGCAGAAACUGCAAAACAGACUGUUACAAAUGUAGUAAAGAGGCUAAAUGAUGACGAUAGGCAAUUAUUAAUAAAUAUUGGUGCUGCAGUUCUGGUAAUUGUAGCACUUGGGGCUUAUGUUACCUACAGCUACGGGUCCUCUCCAAAACGCGAAAACUAGUCUUCUUAAGUUGUCAAUGUAAUUGUCUCCAUUUAUGUUGUAAGUUUAAUUUAUCCUAGCUUUCAAAAUCAAGUAUCAGGUGUUCCUAAUGUUGUAACAUAUAUGUACAUAUGUUUGUCUUUUAAUAAGGACAUGAAAUAAUAUACAAGUGGUUUGCUUUAACUUUUAAAGUCUUGCACCUAUUCACUUAUGUCAAGGCUUUUAAAGAACACUUUCUCUAAA